UACAGAUUCAGCGAUCCCUUUAGCUGCUUCCCAUGCUUCAAUUUCACCAUGGAGCCUGUGAGUUCUCUACAAGAGCAAGCUUUGAAAAGGAAAGAAAGAUUAAAAGCUCUACGAGACCGGCAACUUCAAGGGCGGGCACCUGAGGAUGGAGAGCCUGAAAGUAAAAGAGCUCUAGAGGACUCCGAGGCAGAGGAGAGACACAGAGAGCUGAAGCUGAGGAAUUACACCCCAGAGGACGAGGAGCUGAAGGAGAGACAGGUGCCCAAAGCAAAACCGGCAUCAGUGGAAGACAAGGUCAAAGACCAGCUGGAAGCCGCAAACCCAGAGCCUGUGAUUGAGGAAGUGGAUCUGGCCAAUCUUGCCCCAAGGAAACCAGACUGGGAUCUAAAGAGGGAUGUUGCCAAAAAGCUUGAGAAAUUAGAGAGGCGAACACAGAAAGCCAUCGCUGAACUAAUACGUGAGCGGCUCAAGGGCAGCGAGGAGGAGCUGGCAGGAGUGGUCGGAGCAGUUGGCAUGGAAGAAGGAGACUCCGAUUGAUAAUGUGUUGGAGAAUGUGGAUCCUGUACAAAAUAAUUUUCUAGAGGUUUCUGGACUAUAUUUCAGACAUAUAAGUGUGUGUAAAAUGGAACUCUUCUGCUUAACUCAUCAUGGUUUUACACACAACCAGAUCAGGUGAUUAGAAAAGAGAGAUAGAGAGGAUAAGACAGAAGGAAUGAGAGAGGUACCUGUGUUUUGGAAAACUGUAAUGCAUUUUGUCUUUCUCUUUUUUUAAUUAUUUUUGUUGUUUAUAAGUAAA